UGCCGACGGAGCAAGAGCAGCCUGUCCCGGAUGACAAUGAACAAGAAGCCGGACGUUCCGUGGUUUGGCCCACUGUCGGACGAAGUCGUCAUGGGUUGUUCCAGUUUGGCGAGCUUAGUACGCAUUUCGGCCAUCAACGUGAGUCGCGCCAAGCGGACGUCCCCCUCGCUGUACCAGAAGUACUACGUGGAGAUUCUGUACCGAGAACUAACGCCUGUUGCCGAUCUCAUCGUCCAUGGAUAAACACUCGACAUUCCGCACGAGAGACGAUUCGAACCGUAUUUUCGAGGAGUUUACGGCGCCCAUUUUCAGUCCCAUUUCGUCGCAGAGUACGUCACGGCUGGUGGUGGUGGCAACCCAGCAGGAUCUACAACCGGAAAUGCCCGCUGGCUGCAGCUGAUUUCUGAUCGCCACCUGGACAAGCAAAAAAGGUCACUGCAAUAAAUCAAAUUUUUAAAAAAUGGUUUGUUUAUGUUUGGAUUGACAUUUGUAGCCAAAGGAACCUAUUCGAUAUCUAUCCCUGAGCUCAAAAUGGGCAUUGUGUAAUAUUACACGAUUUUAAUAGUACAUUCAUGGAUGUAAUUUUAAGUGCUUUUUUCACAAAGGUGAUGUGCAUGCUUUUGCGUGCGAUUUUACCAUCGGAAUU